AAUCAGUGGUUAGUUCCGACACUCCACGUUCAGUAAAGGCGACCACAUGAAGUACCACGCUCGAUCCUCUUAUCUGCGUUAUUUGUGCGGAAGCACGGUGAGGAAAAUAAGCAGUCCCUGGACAUUCAUAAGCCUGGUCGCUGUGAUAACGAUGGUGGUGACCCUGAUCGGUCUCAGAGGCGAUUCCCUUCGGCACUGGGAGAAGAGCGACUUCCUCCGGAGACCUCUCUUCCAAGAAAGCAAUCACGACGAGGAAGACGACAAAUAUUACUCGAACAGUUCCGAAAGCAAUGCGAAUGAUGGGGGCGAGGACGACGAUUACUGGGAGGGCGUUGAAGAGAAAGAGGAAGAGGAAGGGAAACUGGAAGAACGAACGGGCGAGAAAGAAUCGGUUAAGGCAGGAACAUCAAAAGAAGAAAAAAAGGAAGGGACAACAGAAGAGGAAGCAAAAGGGGGCAAAGAGACGAAGGAAGACCAGCCACAGGAGACGAAAAAACAGAAGGUUAUCUUACUGUGGACUGGUUGGCGAAGCGGUUCAACGUUCUUGGGAGAAUUACUGAAGAGGGUGUCCAGCAAGACGUUUUACAGCUACGAACCCCUUCACUUGUUCCGCGUCCGCGUCUUCGACAAGAAGGAUGACGAUGACUCCCUACCGACUCCCGUGGUCCUCCUUCGAGACCUCCUGUCGUGCAACCUCCAGGCUCACCCGAACCUCGUGAAGUACCAGAAGAGCAAAAUAUGGUACAUGCGCGCCAACUCGUACCUUGGCAUUGUUUGCAAGAGAGGCAAAUACCUCGGGAAGAAGGCGGAUUGCUCCAGCCCGCGGUUCGUGAGUGCGAUGUGUCGAUCGGCGAGCGUGCAUCUGAUUAAGGUCCUCCGCCUGAGCCUUCGCUGGGCUCGAACGCUGCUGGAGAACAAAGCCCUUGACUUCCAGAUCCUUUACCUGGCUCGCGAUCCCCGGGCUGUUUUAAGCUCACGAAAACGAGUGGGUUGGUGCACUACCCCGACUUGUAAGGAUCCGAAUAUCACUUGCUCCCUUUUGGCUGGGGACUUGGCGGAAGUGUCAGUUCUUCAGAAGGAAUUUCCAGAGAGAUUUAAGUUCCUGCACUACGACGAAAUCUGCCAGGACAUGACCACCAGCCUGGCAGACAUAAUGGACUUCCUGGGCCUCCCCGUGCAGCAAGACCAGACCGAACUCCUGCAGGCCGAGAAGACUUCGAGGGACAAAUACUCAGUGUUCAAGAACAGCCUCCUCCAGGCCCAACUCUGGCGCAGCAGAACGUCCUUCCAGGAGGUCGUGCAGCCCGUCCAGAAUGCCUGCAAAUCCUCUCUGGAGAAGCUGGGUCUGAGGAUCUUCCCGACGGAGAAGGAGUUCCUCGAUCUCAAUGUCCCGGCGCUCGAGAGGCCCUCGAAGUCAUAGGACGUGUGUGUGUGUGUGUGUGUGUGUGUGUGUGUGUGCGCGCGCGUGUGUGUGUGUGUGUGUGCGUGUGUGUGUGUGUGUGUGUGUGUGUUGUGUGUGU